GCCUUCAUUGACUGCAUUACUCACGCGGGUCUCACCAACCACCCCGCGCUGGGCACGAUACCGAGCACCGACCCGAGUCGACAGGCGACCACAGCUUUGCCGAGGCAGCACAUCGAACCGAGAGGCAAAAAGAAGCAAACGACGCUUGCACAAGUGAUGUAUCAUGGACAACUCUUCCACCCCGCUGGCCGAUUACUUCUGGAUCGCCGGGAUAGAGCACAUCACCUACGAUGAUGGUCCCGCCCUGCAGCAACCCCAGCAGCCCCAGCAGCUUGACGAUACGAUCGUCGAGGAUGGCGAGGGCGAGGCGACCGAAAGCUCGGUAGCGACUUCGUCGCGUGCCACCGCUCGGCAUUCCCGCCAGAGCUCAGCCAACCGCCUCUCCACCUUAUCCAAGCUGUCGCUCUCUCCCUCGCUCUCCGGCGGUGAGGGUCGGGUGUUGGAGGACGUCGACGGCAACACCCGUAGCAACCGCAGCAGCGCAACGAUCCGGCCGAAUCCGCCGCCGAAUUUGGGCAGCACCAACACCAACGGCAAUGGCAGCGGUGCUCCCGUUAGCCCUGGAGUCCAUGGCUCUUCCGGAGGAGAGGGAAUCGGUUUCGACGGCCUACCGGCCGACUUUGACUUUGAUGCGGCCCUGCUCAAGUUCGCAGCCGAGCGCGAGAACUUCCUGGACGAUCUCAACUUCAGUGCCGGGGCAAAGAUCCAGGCGAGGCCGCCCAUGGUCAACCCGCGAGCAGAGAAACUGAAGGCCGACGAGGCCGACCAGAUCGGGAAGAAAAGUCCGCUUAGGAGCAUCCGUGGCAGCAUCCGCCGCAAGAUGAGUUUUAGGGACAUGAGCAGCGUGAGGAAGCAGCCCAUGCCUCCCCGAACGGCUUCCAUUCGGACAGCCAAACGGCUCAGCAAUUACAACUCGGUUAUCCCCCCUCCCGAACCGUUGAACUUGGACCCCGAUAUGCACCCGCUUAAGAGGCGGUUUGAGCCCGUUUUGCUCGACCGAUAUCCCCCGCGAGACGCGUCGGCAGAGGAGCUAGCCAGGAGGGGCAAAUUUCCAGACUAUGUGCCCAUGUUCGCCUUUCCCAACGACAUCCAGAUCGUGUCCUCGGAUGACCGGCCACGCUCGACCUGGCACGGAUUUACCAUGACGUCGGACGACAACUCCAAGAUCUACGGCAUCACCAUCAUCGUGUGGACAGCGCUGAACGCGGAAGUGGCGGAGGAGGUGGAGAAGCGGUGUGAGCGGUGGCGGCAGAGACACAUGAGCAAUGAGGAAAGGGAGCUCGCUGCAAGUCUGGGCGGCCGCCUCGCCGCCGAGCGAGCGAACCUCUCUCAGCUGCUGGCGAAACUGGGCACCGUGCCCUCGGGGUCGGCGGCCAGAGAGUCGCUGGACGAACGGAUCAGCGCCGUGGAAGAGAAGAUCGCCCUCAUGACGGAGAUGUUGAGGCCUCUGAGACACGGCGCCGCGGCCAAGAUCGAUGGGCUCACCGCCGGCGAGACGGGCCUUUGGGCGCCGCGGGCGUUUGGUAUCCUCGGCAGAGACCCGUCUAAGAUGGGCUUCUGGAAGGAGUGGCUCCGGGCGGUUGUGGUGCCCAUGACCGACGGCGCUGUCUUGCGGGUCCCGCCAAGCUCCCCCAAGGUCGGGCGAUGGCAGCCUUUGGAGCGCUACGUCGUUAAUCUUUGUACCGAGGCUUUCAGUCCGCUCAGUUCGCUGACCCAGGUGGAGCUCGGCGUGCGGGAGCUGCGGCUCUACGCUCGGAAGGAGGCGACCAACGAAAUCCCGGGGUCGCGGACCAUCGACAUCUACGCUCUUUUCAGAUGCCUGUCGCUGGAGAACAUUGUGCUCCUGUUCGAGCACGCCAUGUCUGAGGCUCGCAUUAUCUUCCUCUCGUCUCAUACCGGCAUGCUGCACCUUGCGUGCCAUGCACUGGCCAGCCUCCUCUACCCGCUGAAAUGGGCCAGCAUCUUCAUCCCGGUACUGCCGGCAAGGCUUAUCUCGGCUCUCGAAGCCCCGUGCCCGUACAUCGUGGGAGUGGAGAGACGGUACGAAAAGAUCGAGCUUCCCGAGGACGAUUACGUUCUUGUCGACCUCGACAAGGACACCGUCGAGGCCACGGCGCCCCCCGUCAGCUUGCCGCGGCAGCAUCGGCGGAAGCUUCUGUCGCUGCUACAGAUUGCUGCUCCUCACCGCCUGAGGUACGGCGUAGCGCCAGGGCCGCCUCCGUAUGCCGUUGAAGCAUUUCCCUAUGAUGCGUACUCGGCCGAGAAUGAGGCGAUCUUCAACCCUUGUCCGGCCAAGAGCUCGCUGGGAAAGUGGGUGACGCAGAACUCGUCCACAUUUGGCGAACCCGAUGAACCGAGCUCUAUCCGCACACCCCUCUUCAACGCGUUCGCGAAGGCCAAGAUCGACAGCAGCAAAGUGGAUCGGCCGCCGACUGCAAAGUCGAAUAAGGGCAGUCCUCCUUCGUCAGUGUCGCCCGUAUCGAUGAACUUCCCGCCGAUGCCCAUGACGCCGGUGUCGCGCAGCGACUCCGGGUUCGCCCAAACCAUCAAGGAGAAGCGGUCAGGUCACUUCGACGAGAAGUCUAGGCGCAGCUCGUCGUUCGGCGUGGAUAGGCAUCAUCCGCCGAUGCAUCGGCCGAGCCUCCCCUUCCUCAACGGGCACAGCCAGAACCUCUCUAUCUCGGCCAUCUCGAUCGACUCGCAGUCCUCGUUCGGUGGUUAUGCGCCUUCGACGUACGCGCAGUCGACCAUUGCGGCCUCGACGAUCAUGCCGAACAUGCCGAUCCAGCCAGUCCGGAACACGGAGAACACUGUCUGGGUGGAAGGCCACUGCUUCAACUGGACCGCGUCUGAGACGCAGUCGACCUGCACGAUCUGCGAGGAGCGAUCGGAGGGCGACGGGCUUUACAAGUGCGGCGGGUGCAACUGCCUGGCCCACAACCGGUGCCUAGGAUUCGUGUCCCUGGUUUGCCCCGAGGCCUUCCACGCCGACCGUGUGCGGGCCGCAUUUGUGCGCUGCCUGGCUAGCCUCCUGUACACAUACCGCAAGCACCUUGGCCGCCCAACAAGGCAGCAGAAGGCCAACGGCCAGCUGUACGUCUUCGACAUGGACGCGUUCAUCCGGAGCCUGCCUUACGACCAGCAAGAGUACGCCACCAUGAUGCGGGACACCCAAGCCUUCAACGAAUUCAUUCACGAGCGCGAGCGCCGCCCGGCCUCGGACCCCGCCAUCCGCCUCUUCGACGAGAUCAUCCUCGCCAAAAAGGCCCGCGGCCGCCCCACCACGCUCUCCGCCGGCCUGUCCCGCCUCUCGGCCCUGCGCGCCUCCCACGGCGGCUAUCCCGGCGCCGGCCCCGCCGGCUUCCACCACAGCCAUGCCGCCGCCGCCGCGGCCAAGGUGCCCGGCUACCUGUCCGACACGACCGACCACAUCUGGCGCACCGCCUCGGUGCCCGUGCCGUCGGCCAAGUUCCAGGGCGACUACCGCAGCGUGGUGACGCGCGUGCCGCUGCGCCUGGACCCGGCGCUGAUGCGGGAGCCCCGCGCCAUCCAGGGCGUCCCGCGCCCCGAGCAGGGCAAGGGCAUGCGCGGGCUGGUCAGGAAGCAGGUUGCCAGCAUGCUGGGCCCGCCGACGCCGGAUUUUAGCGUGCCUUGAUCUUUUUCCCCGUCUGCCUGCUCGACCUCGCGUUGGGUUUGAUUACUUUACGGGUUGUUUGUGA